CAGCGCAAAUCUAGGAAUUUCUUUCCUUAUAAAAUCACUUUUUUCAUAUUGUUUCUUCGUUCUUUUGGCUGCUUCCACUCUAAUCCUUCGAGUUAUUCAGAUCUUUUUCUCUGACCUUUAAUUUUCCUAGAAUUAAUAAUUACGUUGGGGAUUGAAGUGAAUAUAAACAAAAUGCAGUGGUCCUUCGUUGAUCGUGUUCGCUUGGGGGUUUUCUUUCGCGUAAUACUCUAAUUUUGGUGAAAUUUUCAAUUGAAUUUGGAAAGAAAUUCAGUUCAUUCGAGUUAGUGCCAUUGAGGGGUUUAAUAAAAUUUCGGUUGGAGAGGUUUGAGAAUGUACAUUGCAGUUACCAUAAAGAGAUAUCGUGCAGUUAAGGAAGUUGGGAAGAUUAAAAUGAGCGUUGGUGUUGUUUCUUACUAUCAAUUAGUUCAAGUUUGUCAGGCCGAGUAUUUUCGUCAGCUGCUAAAACCUGUUACGUAGAUUGGUUAUUUGGGAACUCUUGGAGAUUGGGAUCUGGGGGAGUCUGCCAUUUGGUUUCUUUUUACACUUGACCGUGACAAAAUGAAAUAUAUGAUAUUGUUGACGGGAAAUUUGGGAUAGGCAGCUCUGUCUUUAGUUUAGUCUUUAGUCUUACCAUAAUUAUAGCUUGAAACCUCCUUCCAACUUAAAAGUUGAAUAAUUGCAAGUUCAAAGACAACUGCAAACUUUUUUUAAGUAGAAAACAGAUGCAGAGAGACCAACAAUUUUACUCCCAAAAGGCAGUGCCUACGCUUACUGAUCAAGUGGGCGAUAAUUACAUGCAUAUCCCAGUUGCAGCUCCUUUUGGUACGGUUUUUCCUCCGUGUGCCAAACCAUUGCCGCCCCUCCAUGGCAUUGAGUUUCAACCCUCUGAUGUUUGUCCCAAAAACUUUGUUAUUUUCAAUCAGACUGAGAAUAGAAAUCAGAUCUUGUUCAAUCCCGCUAUUACAAACAAGUUCAAUGGUAAUGGAUUAAAUGUUUUUGCCACUUACACUGAUGGCAAGUAUGAGAGGAAAGAUGUUAAUGAUGUGGGAAAAGAAACAUCCUUUUCUCUGAAAGAGGAUUUUGAUGAUAUCAAUGCCCUACUCAGCUCAGAAGAGGAAGACCAAGUAGAAUAUGAUGAUGAAGAGGUUAGCACGGCAUGCACCUUUGGAAAUUAUGAGAUCGACUCUGCUGAUUCUCACUCUGCUCGUGGUUCAAAAUCAAGAAAGAAUAGCUUAUCUAGUAAUCCUGGCAGGUGUGGCCCUGAAAUUAAGCGAAUGAAAAUGAAGAAAAUGGUGAAGGUAUUAAGGGGAAUCGUUCCAGGUGCUGAUCAGAUGGGUACUGUAGCUCUUCUCGAUGAAGCUGUUAGGUACCUCAAGUCUCUUAAGGUUGAAGUACAGCAGCUUGGAGUUGGGAAUUUCAAAAAUGAAGAUUGAAUCCUUGAUCAAGGUAACAAUUUUCUCACCUUCUAGGAGUUAGGUUUCCUCUUGCGUUGCAUCCAUCUCCAUGGCUGGUCUCUAUCUUAUGAUGAUAUGCAGUCUUAAUAAGGAAGACAUGUAUCAGAAUUAAUAUGUGUCGUAUGCAUGAAUUGUUACUGAAACCUCCAAAGUUCAUUUAUCGUUCUUUUGAAUGAAGUGUAGUGUGUAGCAUGAGUGCCGAGUUUACGGCUGCUUUGAAUGUUA